AUGAAUCUGUUUCGUCGAAUACGAGCUGUAGCGCUCUGGGACUCUUAUGCCAGCGGAAAAACAUCAUUUUUGGCGAAACCCGAAUGGCGCGGGCUAUCCGAUACACCCUACGACCUACUGCUAGACAUUCUCGUCCGCCUCACAGCAUUACUCUCAAAAGCAGACCAUAUAGAUAGCAUGGCCGCAAGUGGCGAUGACGCUGGUGCAACACAGGCCGCUCAAAAACUAAUGUGGAAAUGCCAUAGUCUACGAGACGAUCUGGUCACUUGGUACGCAGAUUUCCAGACCAAAGAGACCGGGCCGCUCUUCUAUCUAGAGCCAGAAGAACAACAUCCAUACCUCGACCCGGACUCGGAUCUAAACGAUGUAUUUCCGGACAGCGUCACAUUUCAAAGUCCAUACAUCGCUCAAUUACUACUCUUAUAUUGGUACGGCGAGGUCGUCGUUCACAGCGCCAUGUCAACCGCCCACCGCCAUCUUUGGGGCCAAAGCCCCAACAUCGAAACACCAUCCCCAUCCUCAACCUCCAUCUCCUCCCCUUCAACAACCGCCUCCGUGACCACCGAACGCCUGACCGAAGCCCGCCAACAAAUGACUAUGCUCGAAGGCGAAACUCUCGCCAACAUCGAAACCAUCGGCGAAUACUUCGCUGCCAAGAUAUGUCAAGCCAUGGCUAGUAUUGGCCGAAACAGUCUUCGCGGCUAUGGGUUUCAGAUCGGCAUGGUCCCGCUCUGGUCUGCGCAGCAGUAUUAUCAGAAUCGCUCGGCGCGCAAGUACAUGUGGUGCCGGACUGUGCUUAUGAAUUUUGGCAGAAAGGGGUUUGUCGUUGGGCAAAGUCUGGGUACGUUGGCUUUGAGGCAGUAUCCUGGUCGAUAUGUAGAGGAUAGUAGUUCAUCAUCAAUUGAGGAACUGACAUCAUGA